AUGCAGUGGACAACAAUCACCACAAUCCUCACCCUCCUCCUCCUCAACACCGCCCAGGCCUCGGCCUUCAGCAUCGCCCGAGUCUGGGCCAGCUUCUACAGCGAGUGUCCCGCCGACGACUCCUCCGACACCCCAGCCCCAUCACCAUCCGCCGAGACAAGCAACAGCAACAGCAACAGCAUCCUCUCCAACUUCUUCGCCUCCUUCUUCCAACGCACCGACGACCAAUCAGCCACGGUCGUCAUCGACGUCUACUCCGGCACGUGCCAGGCCUUCCCCGUGGGGCGGCGCUACAACGCCGACGCCGUCUCCUUCAACGCCGAGGCCCUCUACACGGGGCCCUACGACAAAUGCAACGUGACCCUGCACGAGGUGCCGGGCUGCGUCGACGCGCCCCUGGUCGAAGUCCCCAUCCAGGACGGCAGCGCCGCCGCCACGUGCACCGAGCGCGAGUUCCACUCCCUCUCGCAGAUGUGGAUUCUGCUGCACUGCGAGACCGACAAGAAGGCGGCCACCACCUCCACCGGCACGAGCAGCAGCAAAAGCAGCAGCACCACCAUCAGCGGCGGUAGUGGUCAGCAGAAGCCCUCACAACAGGCGCAACCUCACGAUGAUGAUGAGGAUGAGGAUGAUAACGACGACGACGAGCCACAAUCGUCCUCCUCGUCCACCUCCACGGAUCCCAAGAUCCCCGCCAUCCCCGAUAUCCCCGCCAUUCCCGACAUCCCCAAGCUGCAACCCACCAUCUUCUCGAAAUUGCACGCGGCGCUGGAGAACGCCACCGCCGCCACCAAUACCACCGCAGCUCCGGGUGCCGGUGCUGUGAAGACCAACUCGACGGCUCCGGUUCUGUCGCGGUCGAUGCGUCUGCGGCGCGCGGCACGCACUCGCUUGUCGAAUCUGUGA